UUCUGCAAAAGUUGGUACAUCCUUUUCUUGUUCUAUCUCUGUACCACGUGAGUUAUCACACAAUUUGGCAUCUAAAGAUCAGUCAUCAGCAGGUAACAGUGAUUGUUCAAAGAAAGAAGAACUGGUCUCCCCAACUGAUAGCAAACAUGAUUCUGCAAAGUUUUCUGAAGAUAGUUCCCAGGAAGUGAGAAAGUGCUCUGAGAAAGUUCAACUGAAAGGCUCACUGCCUUCUGCACCAAAAUCAUCUCAAGUUAGUAGAAUGCACGUGUCUACAGUCAAACCUAGAUUACCAGUAUCAAAGGAACAAUCACACAAGAUAGCCAUCACUGGAGGCACCACAGCAAGAUCAUUCCAUGGAGAAGUCCCACCACUGCAAUCUCGUAACAAGGCAGUAGCUUCUAGUUCUUCCCAGAAAAAGGACAAGGUCCACCACCGCACUAUUAAUGUCACACAAGAGAGCUCCAAUAAUUCAGCAUCAACUGAACUGCGGGCAUCUGAUUUGGCUGCUCCAUUGAGUGAUGAACAGCUUGCAUUACUGUUGCAUCAACAAUUAAACAGCUCCCCCAGAGUACCGAGGGUGCCACGUUGCCAUCAAGCAGCUGGUACGCAGAUGCUUCAUCCAGCUGGAGCUACUGUUUUUUCUAAGCGGUCUUCAGCGCACGGAGGAAGGGAUCAUGCAGCGGUUUUGAAAAAGAGAAGCAGAGAGGAUUCACUAAAAGAUAGUGAGGACACUAACAGGAUAGAAAAAAGACAUAGAGAUGCUGUCACAGAACGUGCUUCUUCUACGAAGAACUCAUGCAGAUCAGCUGAAAAUGUAGCAUCAGAACAGAAAAGUCAUGGCGGAUGUUCAACUGGAGCUAACACUGGUUUAGCAAAGGAUGAUUCGACUGACAGCAGUGUUUCACUCAAUUUACUUGGUAUGUAG